AUGGAAGAGCUCACCACAAAGCUGGAGGCCUUCCACAACAAUCCUGAUGAGCGAAAUCAGAAGGAGGCAGCGAUCGUAGAGGAUCUGAAUCGCUUCUUCGCGGCCCACAACAAGACGCCAGACUGUAGUAGUCGUUCAUCUUUCACCGAGACCGCCCCCUCGCCCGACUUCGUCGCUCAGUUCGGCUGGGCCACCCGCGCUGCCUUCGUCGCCGCCCUCCUCGGCACCCUGCGCGCCCCUGACUGUGUGCGGCGGUGCUGCGUGUGUUCAAGCUGUGCACGCGGGAGGCUCAACACGCAGAAGACUUUUGCCCAGCCCGAGGUGCUGGAGCUGAUGCUGGCCCACACGAACCUGGGCGUCGACGAUCAUGUUGAAGAUGUCGACGGCGCUUCUUCGAGGCAGCGCCACCCGGUGGCCGUGGCGGCCGAGGCCCUGCGGUGCAUCGUCAACCUGGUCCACCACUCGCCCGCCGCCCUGGCCCCGCGCCUCUACGCCACCGUCGGCAUGCGCCCGUUCCUGCGCGCUCUCGAGCGCGAGCCCGACCCGACCUACCGCCUCUCGCUCCUCCGCCUCGUCUUCAACUGCUCCCUCGAAAAGUCGGCGAAUCUGCCGGAGCUGCAGGCGCAGGGAGCUCUGCGGCUCGCCAUUCGGGUGCUUGCGCACGCGCUGGACCACAUCAAAGGCGGUGACGGAGCCGACAACGACGACGAGCAGGAGCAGGUGGCGACGGAGGCCCUGCGGCUCAUUCUCAACCUCACCCUCCACCUGGGUCCCCUCUCCAACCCGCCCAACCCGCUCCCCAAGCCCGACGAGGUGGAGUCGUGGCAGCAGCUGGUGCCGCACAUCCACCGGGUGAUGGAGCUGGGCGCGGGCCACCAGCGGCUGCAGCACUUUGCCGUGGCGGUGCUCGUCAACACGCCCCAGGGCUGCGCCCACCACUUCCGCAUCGACACCGCCAGCGUGGACUCCCUCCUCGACUUCCUUCGCCGCCAAUUCGACCACCCUGAUGAGACGCAGGUGGCGCCGGUGCUGAUGGUGCUGGUGGCGAUCGCGAAGGGGAUCCCGGCGCUGCGCGAUUAUAUGAUGGCCCGCUGCUUCCCCGCCCAGCCCCCGCCCCUCUCCUCCUCCAAGCCCAUCGAGCCUCCGUCCAAUUGGAUGGAGAACGAGAUUGGCAGCCGCCUGCUGAAGCUCAUGACGGCCGUCAACUACGGCCUCAAGCACUACGUCAACGAAUUCAUCUACGUGCUUUGCGCCGAAGACGUUGAUGCGUUUGUGAGGAUCACCGGCCUGGGCAAUGCUGCUGGCUGGCUGGCCACGCGCAACCUCUUCCAGGGCUUCCAGAAGAUGGGCUCCGCGGCCCCGACGUCCACUUCAUCGUCGUCGUCGUCAAGGGCGACACACCAAGCCAAGGCCCAGACCAAGGGCGGUCCCGAGGACGAACAAGAAGAGAACGAAAACGAAAACGAAAACGAAAACGAAGACGAGUACGAAGAAGACGAGCUCGGAAGGCUGAGGAGGCGCGGCCACGGCGGCGAGGGUGGUGGCGGCGGCGGCGGUGACGACGGUGAACGGGACGAAGCUAGCCUGCUCGAGCUGAUCGGCAAGCUCGAGAGGCUGCAGCAGCUGGGCGUCAUCAGCGUCAUGCCGGCCAACAACAGCAGCAGCAACAACCACGGCAACGACAACGACAACGAGAAACAGAACAACAACACGAAGAAGGGCGACAAGUAA